AUUUUCCAAGACGACUGCCAAGCCCAUAGUUCUACUGUUGUGCGACCAUGACAGAAUGACAAGACUCGUGCCACGAAGACAUGCUAUGGAGCCAGCGAACUCCAAACUUCACGAGCUGCAGAAAGCAGCGCUUUCCAUCCUGGAGGGGGAGCUGAAGUGGAAGCCGUGGCUCAUCCCCGAAUAUGAGUGCGUCUUCAAAGGGACUAGUCUAGUUCUCGGGGUGGUCUGCUGUCUCUGCCAAGUGGAGGUGACACAAAAUCAGAAUGGCUGCAUAUGUAAUGCCACACAGGUUGAAACAUACCCUGCCUAUUGUGUCUGAUGUCCCACCUGCCAAAAGAGAAAAAAGUGAGGACUCCCCAGCAGGUGUUUCACAGAUUGUAUCUGCACAUAAAGAUGAGCGUUUCCCCUUAAAGAAGCUGGCUGGUGCCACAUUGAGGAAAGCAGGGCUUGAGGACACCGUUUACAAAGAUAAUUUUCUUGUGGUGAACGGCUGGGGGAAAUUUUACCUUGCAAAGGCUGUAACCAUGAAGGUUAUUGGUGUGGUCGAGGACAUCUCAUGCCCGUGUGAGCAGCUCCUUCUGAUGACCUGUGAGGACCAACAGGUAUAUGUCUAUGAUGAAGAGGAGCUGCAUCUGGUGGCUUUAAGCAUCAAGCAGCUACUUCAUGAGGGAAUGGAGUAUCCAGCCUCCACGACCUAUUACAGGGGAGAGGCCUUUAAAGACAUGUCCAAUGAGAAUCGGGCAGACACGAGCAUGAGCGAUUUUGGGAAGAGGUUGGAUGAAGAGUAUAAGAAGCUGGUGGCAGAAAGGAAAUCCAGCAUCCUGGAGAAUCUGAAACACAGCAGAAAGCAGAUAAUUCAAUGUUGCUGAUGUAGCUUCAGUUAUUUAUUUUUUUAGAAGGCUUUAUCCCACUUCUAUUACAAGUGCUUCUUGUACGGGAUAGAGAUUUGGUCAAUUUCUUUUAGUGUAGAACCAGCUGAAGACAUUUCUCUACAAACAAGCUUCAAAUUAAUUUUUUCCUUUGUUUUGUAUUAUUUUAUUUAUAUUUCUGGUUUUAUUGUGAAGCACUUUGUGAUUUAUUUUGAUAUUGUGAUAUUUUACUUACUUACUAGAUGGGUUGCUGUUAUGAACGUCCCAAGUUGUUUUUAAUGGAUAAUGAUGUUAACUUUGCUUAUAGCUGUUCUGCUAAUUUAUUCUGAAAAACAUCUUUUAGUUCUGUACGCUAGCCUACAGAUGACAAAUGAGGUUUUGCAGAUAAUACAAUGAUUUGAAUACUGAAAAAUCCAAGUCACUAAUGUUGUUGACAGGAAUGUUGUAAUUGGAUUAAUAAGAAAUGACAUAAGUCACCAUCUACCAGUUUUUGCAACAGUACAGAGCAAUGCCAGGAUUAACAGAUUUGAACCUAAUAAGAAAUGAAUUAAACAUAAAACACGAGGCAAUUUGCUGCCUUAAGGAAGAGUCCAACAACCAAGACUGGAGUAAUAUGUUCAAGAUGUUGACGAGGCAAAUGAAAAUUUAUCUAUAAUAUUUACUCUUUACAAUAAACACUGUUCACUGGUGAAUAAAACAAAGAAAACUCAAAAAACCCAUCACUAACAAUGGGGAUACUUAAUGCAUAGAACGCAAGAAAAAGAAUCUGUUGCAUAAGAAAUUUUUAAAGAAAAGAACAAUAGAAGCUGAACAAACUUGUAAGAGGUAUAAGAAUAAAUUGAUAAAAUUAUGAGAAGCAGCAAAAGAAACUACUACAGUAAACUUUUAGAUGAAAAUAAAUAACAUGAAAAACAUAUGGACAGUACUAAAUAAUAUUGUAAAUAAAGGAACUAAAGGACUGGAAUAUUCAAAAAAACUUUCAAAUACAAAAUACAAUGAUCAGUGACAUAAAACAAAUUGCAAAUGGUUUCAAUGACUUUUUUUUCUUGAUGUUGGUCCUGGCUUGGCUAAAGAAAUUGUAAAAACUGGACACCCUCCUAAAAAUCUUAAUGUAGCAAACUGAAUGUUUAUGGAGGGAGCAGAUGAAGAGGAAAUUAUUGAUGUAGUUGCAUCCUUUAACUCCAAGAAAUCAACUGACUGUGAUGGCAUUGAUAUGGUUUUAAUGAAGGCUAUUAUUGGAUGUAUUGUGAAACCAUUUACCUACAUUUGUAAUCUUUCAUUACAAAAUGGUUUAUUUCCUGAUAAGAUGAAAAUUUCAAUUCCAUUAUAUAAAGCUGGAGACAAACAUCUUCUCACAAAUUUAUCGGCCCAUUUCUUUACUACAGCAGUUCUCUAAGAUACUGGAAAAAAUAUUUUACAAUAGAUUAUAUGACUUUAUCACAAAAAACAAUGUACUAUAUGAACAGCAGUAUGGAUUUUGACCCAAAAGAACCACAAGGCAUGCCUUAAUGGAGUUUAUCGAUACAGUAACAACUGUUAUUGAAAACAAAGACUAUUCUGUCGGAGUUUUUUAGAUUUAAAAAAAAAAAAGCAUUUGAUACAGUCGAUCACAACCUUUUACUUAACAAACUAUGUACAUAUGGGGCCAGAGGGGUGGCAUUACUGAGAUAUGUGCUAUUUCAAAGUCUUUGAAAAUAAUAUUAUUUGCAGAUGAUACAAACUUACUGUGCUGUGGAAGUAACUUGGAACAAUUUCUGAAUGAACUAGAAAAGGAAUUAAUCUGAAGACUUGGUUUGACUAUAAUAAAUUAACAUUGAACCUGAGUAAAACAAAAUUCAUAAUAUUUGGGAAUUGCACAUAUUCUACCAAUAGUAAACUGACAAUAAAUAACAUUGAAUUAGACAGAGUAUCUGAAAUAAAAUUCCUUGGUGUGAUAAUACAUCACAAUCCUGGAUUCCCCACAUUACUUAUAUCAAAGGCAAAAUAUCAAACUCUCUAGCAAUUCUUUACAAGGUUAAGGAUCUCAUUAAUUAAACAUAACAUAUUGUGUGGAAAUGUGGGGAGAAACAUAUAAAACACACACGCACAAGAGCAAUAAGGACAAUGAAUAAAACCACUUCAAGAGAACCAUCAACCAUCAAAUCCACUUUUUAUCAAAUUAAAUAUUCUCAAAUUUAAGGAUUUGGUUGACCUCAGAACUGCACAAACAAUGUACAAAGCAGCAAAUAAAUCUUUGCCCCACAACAUUCAGAACUUGUUCCAAAUAAGACCAAAUACUUAUGACCUUAUGUUCAGCCAGUAGUAAGGACUAAUGUAAAAUAUCACAGCAUUACAGUCACAGGAGUUGGUGUGUGGAACACCUGUACAGAUGAAAUUAAGAAAAGUACAUCAAAAUAAAAAUACACACUAUUUUUUAAAAAUAAUUAAUUGCAUGAAUUAAAGGAAAUCUUCCUCUCAGUGACUGAGUUGUCUCAUUGUGUUCUGUUGAAGCCUUGUCCCCAUUUUUAUAAAUCAAGGGAAGAGUAACCCAAGCUUAAAGUGUUAAGGUGCUUGUCACAUAGAUAUAAAAUAAGAUCAGAGAUUAAGCGGGUGUUAACCACAGGGUGCUUAGUUUUUGUAAAAAUGUUGUUUGUUGUUGUUUUGGUUUACGAGCUGAAAUUGUUUUAUGUGUGUAUGUUUAUGUGUUGUUUAUGAGUGUAGACUUGUAUAUAGUUAAACAUGUAUGGAUCAAAUAAUGUCGAAUUCUGAAUAUGAAUAUUCAGAAUUCUGAAUAUUUGUAAGCAAUGAAAUUUGAAAUAAGGGGGUAGGAACAGGAAAAGUGUAAACUUCAUCCUACUCCUUUUCGAGCAUAAACAUUGUGUAGACAGAGAUAUUCAUGAAAACUUAAUAUUUUUAAGUUAAGUUUUUUUUCUCAGAUCCAAGCUAUUAUUUUAGACUUUUCUUGUCAGAUGUGUUUUGUGACUAUAAUACAACAGAUAAAUAAGAAAUAAAACAAAGUGAUUGCUGUACUCAU